AUGAACUCUGAGCUUUUCCUGGGGCCUUUGACGUCAAAUCCUGCUGCUGGUGCAUCACCUUCCAUUUUUUCAUUAUUCCCCAAAGUUGAGGUGACCACUAUCACUUCCAUCAUCCAACACGAACUUCGCGCUUCGGACAUCUACAAACUCAACACAUGGCAUUGUGACAAACCAGAACGGAAAACACUCAAGCUCAAUGGCACCAAACUCGAGCUCUCUAACGAUGACACAGCACUGAAGGAGUACAAGACCCUCAACUCCAUUCUCGAUCCCUUGUCUACUUACUUCUCCAUCCUAAUCAUGCACACUCAACCCUCUGGAAAGUCCGCCCUCCUGGCUGUUCAAUUAUUUCGCUACAAUGCCCAUCUCUCCAGAAUUGCAUCAGAAUACAAGUGGCAUGCUGUUGUAUCAUAUCACAUGGCCUUUUUCACUAAGCGCCGAAGGGAGAUGAUCGAUGGAGAAAAUGGUGGAUGGGGCAGGAUAGACCUGGAAUUGUGUGGCGAGCAUCUGUUCCCACAUUGGAAGAUCAAAGCAAGUUCUUUGCUCACCACCAAGAAGGCCCUCUCAAGUGUUGACCGUUCUGCUCCCUGUCACAACUUUAAUCUUGGCAAAUGCACAGGGGACAAGUGUCUCUGGGACCAUCCCCAUCUCUGCACUGUCUGCAACAAGACAGACCAUAGCGCUCACAACCACCCCAAAACAGCUUAG